CAAUGUGGCUUUGUUUUAAAACAAAAGUCAAACAAAUUUACGUUGAGCUAUCGGGAGCAAUAUUCAGGUUUUUAUUGUACCGCUUCAAAAUGGCUUCCGACAUGGAUCAACAUGAACAGGACCAGACUGAACAAGAACAAAAACCUGCGAAGAAAACUGCAAAACAUGACAGUGGAGCUGCUGAUCUUGAGAAGGUUACAGAUUAUGCUGAAGAAAAAGAGAUUUCUUCGCAAGAUAUUAUUGGUGCUAUGUCACUUAUAGGUGACAAACACUCUAGAGAAACUGCAGAAAAGGCAGCAAAACAAAAAGAACUGGCCAAAGUUACUAUCAAGAAAGAAGAUGUUGAGCUAAUUGUACGAGAAAUGGAGAUACCAAGAAGUGUUGCAGAGUUGAAACUAAGAGAACAUCAUGGAAACGUUGUCAAUGCUCUUAUUGAACUCACUAACUGAAUAUUUUGACUAAUAUCUCCUUUUUGUAAAUAUGUUGCAAUUAAAUUGCUUUCUGUAGUUUA